AUGAAGUCGCUACGAAAGUCUUUAAACGGCAACAAGGAUACUCACCGUCUCCAGAUUUCCACCCCCGUUCCCCUCCCUUCCAUAUCUAAACCCACCUCUGCUACUUUGCCUCCUCAAAAAGUAAUCCGCGCCGUAUCCUCCUACAGGCCUCAAGCUCCUCAGCAGCUUCCCUUCCAGAAAGGCGACUUUUUCUAUGUUACCGGAGAGAGUGAUAAUCAGGGUGCCUGGUACCAGGCUCACAACCCUGUCACAGGUGCCCGUGGGCUGGUCCCAAAAACUAUGUUCGAAGAAUUUUGUAAAAGCCCUCCCCCUAUCCGCACUUCACGCAUGAGCUUCGGGCUAAACAGCCCCUCCUUCGCUUCACCCAAAUCACCCAAGACUCAGGUUUUCUACGCCGUCGUGCUACACGAUUUUGUUGCUGAGCGUGCAGACGAGCUCGAUGCAAAAGCAGGAGAUGCUAUAUCCGUCGUAGCCCAGUCCAACCGUGAAUGGUUUGUCGCAAAGUCCAUUGGACGAUUGGGGCGGCCAGGCUUGAUCCCCGCCACGUUCGUUGAGAUCCGCGAUCCCGCGUCAAAUUUGCCCAUCACAGACAUUGAGGCACUCAUGGACCGGGGAGAUUUGCCGAAAGUCGAGGAUUGGAAGCGUGCUAUGCUUAGUUAUAAGCAAAACAGCAUCUCACUUGGAGUCAUCGAGGACAACCUUGCCGAAACCUCGGUCCCAGAUAGCCCCUACAUGCAGCAACCCAGUAUAGUCGUGCAACAGCCUUCUCCAAGAGGAGACAAAAUCCUACCUGCCGAUCAGCAGCGUGCUCCCUCACCUGUUUACCUGCCUGACGGGAUUCUUCUAUCAGCGGAUGUAAUUUCUUUCCAUUAUGAAAUGGAUGAAUAUUGGUUCCGCAUCGACUCAGUGUUUCAACCUUAUGAUCCGAAGGAUUCACACCAGCUCCCCAAGGCUAAACAACUUAUUCUUUUCCGAGUCUACAACGACUUCUAUGACUUUCAAGUCAAUCUCCUGGAAACAUUCCCUCGCGAGGCUGGCCGCGAACCACCAUCAGAACGAAUCUUGCCCUUCAUGCCUGGUCCUGCGGAGAAAGUAGAUGACGAGAUUACUGCUACUCGCCGAGAGGAGCUCGACGAGUAUCUCCAUAAACUUUGUGCUCUGAAUGGGGUUGGCGGCAGUUACAUUCUAGAACAUCGAGUUGUGCGGGAAUUCUUGGCCCUCAAGCCGGGAGAUGUGGAGAAUGACAUCGAGCCUCGCUAUGAGGAGAUCAGAACUUUAUUUGCCGAAGACUCGUACAAUGAAACAGCAGAUCCCUAUUCUUCUCAGGUAGCUCAAGACUUUGAAGAUGAAGUUCGGGACACUUUAGGGGACAUGAGGUUGUCGGACAGGGAGCACGAGAACCGAAGUGAUGGUUCAGAUUAUGGAGAGGACCAUACGCUUCCUGUACAUUAUACAGGACGGGAUUCUCAAGCCAGCAUUUCCCUGCGCCAGCAUGCUCAUCAACGCUCUGCUUCUGCAGCUUCUUUCCGCCGCGCUCACUCUCCCCCACGUCUCAACGGAUCGUCACCAUCACCUUCUCGGUCUAACUCCGAACGCUCCCGCUCCCCUCGUACAUACUCGCCUUCGCCUCGAUUAGCAUCUCAAGUCCUCGGUGACAUGCAGCGCACGAGCGCUUAUUCUCGUACUUCGACUGCUUCUAACUCUCGAUGGCCAGAUUAUACCGCUUCAUCGCCGUCCUCUCUACACUCCUCCCAGCGUUCCAUGUCAUCUCGCUCGCGCACCCACUCCACCGCUACUACCAAUCUAAACACGCCCCCCAUAUCUGCUGGUAAUCCACAGACGGCAUUUGUAAAAAUAAAGAUUUUCGACCGUGUCACCGACGAUCUAAUCGCUAUUCGGGUACACCCUAGGGUGACUCACUCGGAACUUAUAGGCAAAGUUCAAGCGAGACUUGGUGGAGAGGUGUUGAAUCUACGGUACAGGGAUAGCCUGAACAACGAAUUUAUAGGCAUUGACGGUGAUGAAGAGCUGCGAGAGUGGAUGGAGGGUACAGAAAAACAUGUGUUGUAUGCUGAUUGA